GUCAGACGCUGCCAAUGGAUAAAAUCAACAUGAUUUUUUUGUAGAAAGAUUGUUUUGCAAAAAUUCAGCAAAUUGUGAUAAGUGACUGGAAGUGAAAAUCUCUUGGUCAAGGAAGAAUGAAUGACUUGUUAAAAAGAAAAUAUAUAAAUGUCGGCUCAUCAGCUACAGCAUCAUCAAUGUGAACAGCUCUUGGUUUAGAUAAUUCAAGUCGCGUACUAAGUUUCGAUCAUCGCACGUCGCAUACCGGAGCCAGUGUUAUUGGUUCGUUCGAGGCAUGCAUGAUGUCCUCGGCGAGGUUAACGAGCGCUUGGGAGGACAACAAGUCCCGCUCGGAAACGGUCCUGUGUCCGGAGAAAUACUCUUCGGCAUCGACCAAUGGACGCUACUCGUACAGUCGUGGUGGAGUAUCACGCAACGGAAGCAGAGAUGAGUACAAAUUGCACAAAAGUUUGGAGGAAAUUUCCAAGGACAUCAAGGAGCUGGAAGAUUUCAUAUCGGUCACAGAAGAAAUAUUGAGGCGUGAGCGGGAAUAUGACGAGCAACUCUAUCAAAGAGAGCGCCAACGUAAAGCUUUCGAGAAAACGAUGCAACAGAUCAAGAACAAGUGCAGUCCAACGAAGAUUUGCUUUGGUCGAACGGAUAAUUCCAAUAGUUCCAGGGUCAAGUCACCAACCUUCAAAGUGAAUAUUACACAGCAGAGACGAAUUAAAUCCUUUAGUCCGAAAGGUUACAAAUCAAAAUUGUAUUUCCGAAACGGUAAAAUUGGGUGUCUUGACGCGGAACAAGCCGUGUCAAAUUUGAAAAGUACACAUGAAUUGGUGAAAAGAAUAAUCAACGAUGAAAACAAUAUGUUGGUUAAAUUGGAACAUCAGCACUACACUAUGCGUGAGGAAGAGGAACCGCCUACCUCGGUGGGAACUCCACUGGAGAGUUUACAGAUGUGUGUCACGGAAUCAGCUCAUUCGCUUUGCAAUGAAUCGUAUAAGGCAAUACACAACGAACCCGACAACAAUGUCUCCGAGUCUAAGUUGGAACAAAACGCUAGUAACGAACGAAUAAUAGAGGAUAUCGAAGCAAGGAGUCCACCGCCAAGUGCCAACGAUUUUGUAAGCGGACGACUAAGACAUCUCGCGAACCGAUUUUCCGAACGUACCAAACGCAUGAGAAAUAAGCUGGAAAUUCCACCUACUCCUUCGAGCAGCGUUAGUGCGCCCUCAAUAGCUCCGUCAACGCAGAGACAUAAUGCUGAAUUGCGUGCCAUUCAAAACUCCGCCCUCACCCUGCAGUCGGCAACUGGGGCGGACACGUGCCAUCACCACUAUUUUUGUCCCAUUUUCUGUACCGGUGCCAAAACGAACACAGUUCUAGAUCCACAAGGGAAAUUCUAUAUUUCUUGGUUAUUUAUUGUAUCCCUGUCGUUUCUUUACAAUGCGUGGGUCAUUCCUCUGCGAUCGUCGUUCCCGUACCAAACGCCAGAGAACACUAAAUAUUGGAUUGCGAUCGAUAUUUGUGCCGAUGUUAUCUAUCUGAUCGAUAUUCUGUUUGUGAAGCAUAGAAUAAUGUAUCUUUUCGAAGGAUUUUGGGUCAAAGAUACGAACCUGACUCGGGAAAAUUACAUGCGGAAGUUACAAUUCAAGAUGGACCUUCUUGCUCUUAUGCCACUGGAUUUGCUGUACCUGAAGGUUGGUACCGAGCACGUGGUGUUACGAGCCCCCCGUUUGCUGAAGAUUCAAAGCUUCUGGGAGUUUUUCAAAUUGAUUGAUCGUGUAAUUUCCUCGCCGCAUAUGAUACGUGUCGUCAAGACAUUAACCUACAUGCUGUACAUGAUACAUUUGACGGCUUGCUCGUACUAUGCAUAUAGUGCAUACCAAGGUCUCGGCUCCAACCGUUGGGUGUUCAAUAACAAAGGUCACGCCUACGUCCGAUGCUUUGCAUUCGCAACCAAAACUGCCACUUCGAUUGGCAAAAAUCCCAAACCGGAAAAGGAAGGCGAACUGAUGUUCAUGACGGCCGCCUGGUUGAUGGGAGUGUUUGUUUUCGCGCUGCUGAUCGGUCAGAUCAGGGAUAUUAUAGCGACAGCAACCCGAUCGAAGUCCGAGUACAAACAGUUGGUGGAUGAAACGUUGGAGUACAUGAGGGAGCUGAAUUUGCCGACUGACCUGCAACGACGAGUAAAAAUGUGGUUCACUUUUACCUGGGAACAGCAGCGUAGCUUGGAUGAGACUCACAUUAUGGACGCUUUACCAGCGAACUUGAAGACCGACAUAGCAAUUUCGGUACACAUUCAAACACUGUCCAAGGUUCAACUGUUUGCCGAUUGUGAGGAAGCGUUGCUACGGGAGCUGGUGCUCAAACUGCGAUCUGUUACAUUUCUCCCAGGAGACUACGUUUGUCGAAAGGGUGAAGUCGGAAAAGAGAUGUACAUUGUUAAAACCGGCCAAGUGCUAGUUAUGGGAGGUCCUAGAAAUGAUAUUGUUCUAGCUACUUUGUAUGAAGGUUCCGUUUUUGGGGAGAUAAGCUUGUUGGCUAUCAAUGGGGCAGAAGGGAAUCGUCGAACUGCAGACGUACGCUCAAAAGGUUUUUCUAAUUUGUUUGUUUUAUCAAAGUCAGAUCUGAAUGAGGCGAUCGUGUACUAUCCGAAUGCUCAAGCCAUUCUGAAGAAACGUGCGAAGAGUUUGAUGCGUAAGAAUGCCGCUCGCGAAAAAGCUGAGUCAAAGCAAAGCAUCGAUACCAAUGAUGCCGAUACCGAUGUAGUGAUCAAUAAUCCAAAUCGCAACUCUUCCCCCAAAUUCCUGAAAACUGUGAUUCAAGUAUUACCAAAGGAGUCGCCCGCCGUUCAGUUGCUUACACAAGGGUUUAAAAAUGAUCAAGUGAAAGAAGAAAUAGUUGAACAGUCCCAACAGGAAGACACUGUUUCCACCCGCAGCUUGGAAGUUCACACUACACAGGUGCAGAUUGAAAACGAAAAGAACGUUGAACUACCGUGUGAUUUGGUGUAUAGCAUCAGGAAGGAGCUGAUGGAUAAUAACAGCUACAUCAAUUUGACCGAUGCAGAAAAAUAUAAGCUUCUGAACGAACUGUCGAACGAUAAUUACGAGCAUCAGAAAUCUCCGGUAUGAAUCUCAAACACUCGUAGAUGAACUAUGAUAUGGAUACAUUUGUAUUCGUAUUAUAUGUUCGGAAGCGGAGGAGGGUAUAUAACCUUUAACUAUAUUCAAGUAAAUGUUACUACAGAUCAAAUCACCAACCUUAAAAUGUUAAUACUUGAUACGGUUCUAACCUUGUAGCAGAUUGAUUUUUAUUCUCUUUCGAUCGUCAUUUGAAAUUUGCCAACUUGACUGGAAGUAAUUCAUGAACAAAAUUUCUUUCUUUCUGAACAGCUAUAUAAUGACGAUCUUUAUUGUUACCUACCAUCUUACUAAUCAAUGUCAAGCGCUCACAAGGAUUGUCGCGCCAUGGAACUGAAAAUAAAUAGUUACGUCUGAUGUUAUAAA